AUGGCGACGUUCAGCUUGCAGCGUCUAUAUUACGAUGGCAAACCGCAGACAUGCACUUCGGGCAAAACCUUCCAGUCUAUCAACCCCGCGACCGAAGAGGUUCUCGCAGACGUGAGCAUCGCAUCGAACGCAGACGUCGACGAGGCAGUUAAGUCGGCUCGGGCAGCGUUUCCGUCGUGGUCAAAGACUCCCCAUGUUGCCCGCGCGCGUAUCCUCCUGAAGGCGGUGCAGCUGCUCCGUGAUCGAAACGACGAGAUAGCCAAAGUCGAGACUGCAGAUACGGGCAAGCCCUUCUCAGAGACCAGCGCCGUGGACGUGACCACCGGAGCCGAUGUUCUAGAGUACUUUGCCAGCAUGGUUGCCGGCGGCGGACUGAACGGAGAGACUGUACAGCUACGAGAGGAUGCGUGGGUGUAUACAAAGAAGGCACCUCUAGGGGUAUGCGCUGGAAUUGGCGCCUGGAACUAUCCCAUACAGAUUGCUCUCUGGAAAUCAGCUCCCUGUUUGGCCGCCGGGAACACGAUGGUGUACAAGCCUAGCGAAUUCACGCCGCUCCAUGGCGAGAUUCUCGCAGACUUAUACACCAAAGCCGGCCUUCCGUCUGGCGUCUUCAAUGUGGUCCAUGGCGCUGGAGAUGUAGGCGCCUAUCUCACCGCACACCCGUCGAUCGCGAAGGUCUCCUUCACCGGUCAAGUGGCAACCGGUAAGAAGGUCGCUGGCUCUGCGGCUGGCAAUAUGAAGUACGUUACCAUGGAACUCGGAGGGAAGAGUCCCUUCAUCAUUCUUCCAGAUGCAGAUCUAGAGAGUGCGGUUGAUGGCGCUCUGUUAGCGAACUUCUUCAGUACGGGUCAAGUCUGCACCAAUGGAACUCGGGUCUUUGUGCCUUCGAAUAUGAAGUCGGACUUUGAGAGUCUGCUGGUCAAGAAGAUGCAGUACGUUAGGGCUGGGGAUGUGAUGGAUCCAGCGACGAAUUUCGGGCCACUUGUAUCUGCUGUGCAUUUCAAGAAGGUCUCUGAUUACAUCAAGCAUGGCAUCGAGCAGGACAAGGCAAAGCUGUUAUAUGGUGGACUGAAGAAGCCUGAGCCAGCCUCAUCGUCAACGUUCGAGAAGGGAUACUGGAUUACACCCACCGUGUUCACGGACUGCAGGGAUGACAUGAGGAUCGUCCAGGAAGAGAUUUUCGGCCCUGUGAUGUCGAUUCUGUACUACGAGUCCGUGGACGAAGUUGUCCGACGAGCGAACGACACCCCCCUCGGCCUCGCGGCUGGCGUGUUCACUCAGAAUAUCAACCUUGCCCAUCGAGUUAUCGACCAGCUCGACGCCGGGAUCACCUGGAUCAAUUCAUGGGGGGAGUCGCCGGCCGAGAUGAGCGUGGGUGGAUGGAAGCAGAGCGGCGUUGGCGUUGAGAACGGCCGGAGAGGGAUCGAGGCAUGGGUGAGAACGAAGAGCACCCUGGUCGACAUGAGCGGUGUAGUAGCCACAAGUUUUACGAAGCUGUGA